GAAUAAACAAAAGCAGCCGAGCUAACGCAUCUCGAGCUUGGAAAACGAAUGGCACUGGGAUGAUGAUAUGCAGAGCAACAUUUGGAAUAAAUAGAUUUAGAUUUUUAUUGCAAUCUCUUAGAUUUGACGAUAAAAGAACACGGCAGCAACGAAGGGCUACGGAUAAAUUGGCACCAAUUAGGGAACUUUACACCAAUCUACAUGAAAAUUGUCAACGCAAUUAUUGCCUAUCAGAAUUUGUAACAAUAGACGAAAUGUUACACCCGUUCCGAGGUCGCUGUGGGUUUAUAGUUUACUUACCUGAUAAACCUGGGAAAUACGGUAUCAAACUCUAUGUGUUAGCAGAUGCCAAAACCCACUAUGUCUUUAGAUUUGAAAUAUAUUGUGGGAAGCAACCUGACGGGCCAUUUUCAGUUUCCAACAAACCAAUGGAUAUAGUGAAACGGUUGGUAUCAACCAUUCUGAACAGCAAUAGGAAUGUCACAGUAGACAACUACUACUCAAGUUAUCAGCUAGCGAUAUAUUUGAAAGAAAAUGGACUCACCUUCAUCGCAACAAUGAAGAAAAACAAACCCGAGAUUCCACCUCAAUUCUUGCCCAAUAAAAAUCGGGAUGUCGGGUCUUCCAUUUUUGGUUUCCAAGACGACGUCACAUUAGUUUCUUACGCUCCGAAAAAAAAUAAAAGCGUAAUUCUUAUUUCCACAAUGCACGACGAAGGAGAAGUAGACGAGGAGAAUGGAAAACCAAUUAUUAUAUUAGACUACAAUGCGACAAAAGGAGGUGUUGAUGCAGUUGACGAAAAGUGUGGGAAUUAUUCGACUAAAAGAAGAACCCGGAGAUGGCCGCUUACUAUGUUUUUUAGAUUUUUGGAUAUAGCGGGAGUAAAUUCCCAUAUUAUAUAUGUUGGCAAUCACAUGAUGACUGCUGAGAAACCAAAGACGAGGAUGGAUUUUCUAGAGUCAUUGUCUUUUAGCCUUCUUGAAAAUCACCUAAAAGAAAGAGCUAAGAUAGCCAACCUUCCGCAGGAUAUAAAAAGUUUUCUGGCUAGAUAUCAAGAUGUCCCAGAGGAGCAAGCGGUUCCUGACCAAAGAAGACGAGGUCCAUGCCACGAAUGCGGAAAACACAAAAAUAACACAACAACCGUACGUUGUACCGAGUGCACAAGGUUUGUUUGCAAAAACCAUUGUGAGAGAUUUUCAAAAUGUAGAUCUUGUAUUAACGAUGCAAUGUAG